CCCGGCCGCGUCGCGACCGAUGCGCGCGCGCUCGUGACGCACCCCGUUGUCAUGGUGACGGCAUGGCGCGCGCUGGCGCUGCUGGCCGCGCUGCCGCUGUGCGCCGCGCUGCCGGAGGCGGUGUACCACAACCAGUUCGCGGUGCACGUGCCAGCUGGACCAGAGCACGUGGACAGCCUCGCGAGGAGGCACGGCUUCGUCAACCAUGGGCAGAUUGGUUCCCUGAAGCACUUUUACUUGCUGUCACACCACGAGGUGCGCAAGCGAUCCACAGAGCCGAGCCACGAACACCACCGCAAGUUGAACGAUGAGCCACAGGUGAGAUAG